CCGGGUACCGGAGACAGCUCGAGGAAACAUGGAGAUUGUUUACGUGUACACGAGAAAACGAAGCGAAUUUGGCCGUCAGUGCAACUUCUCGGACCGUCCGGCAGAGCUACACGUGGACAUACUGCCUGACCCCACGCAGGCGUCACACUUUAUAGAGAGGAACCCUUGUGACGUAGCUAUCCAAUGUGCCCACGAGAUGUCUGAACACGAGGUCAACACGGAGCGGUUCGAGAUGGAAGCUCGUGGGAUAAACCACGUGGAGGGCGGAUGGCCAAAAGAUAUAAAUCCUCAAGAAAUGGAGCAGACCAUUCGAUACAGGAAGAAAGUGGAGAAAGAUGAUCACUAUAUAACCACAAUAACCCAGCUAGGAAGUGUGAUGGAACACUGCAUCAAACAGAAUAACGCCAUCAAUAUAUACGAGGAGUACUUUGAAGAUGAAGAGGAACUAGAAGGGAUGGAUGAAGCUCCCUCAGCCAAGACUAUAAACGUCUUCAGAGAUCCGAAUGAAAUUAAGCGGACGGCCACACACCUCUCGUGGCAUCCAGAUGGAGGAAGGAAGUUGGCCGUGGCGUAUUCGUCCCUUGAGUUCCAGCGAGCCUCCAAAGACAUGAGCUACGACUCGUACAUCUGGGAUAUGGAAAAUCCAAACAAGCCAGAACUCACUCUGAAACCUGUCUCCCCGCUUGUGAGUUUGGAAUACAACCCCAAAGACUCUCACAUCUUGGUUGGUGGUUGCUACAAUGGACAGAUAAUGUAUUGGGAUACCCGGAAGGGUGGGCAUCCUGUGGAAAUGUCUGUCAUCGAACAUAGCCACAGGGACCCCGUCUACAAGGUUAUCUGGCUCCAAUCAAAAACCGGCACAGAGUGUUUCUCAGCUUCUACAGAUGGCCAGGUCUUGUGGUGGGACAUCAGAAAAAUGAGCGAGCCCACUGAGAGGCUGGUCCUAGACAUCACCAAGAAAGGGAACCUAGAUAUUGCUUUGGGAGCCAUCUCUCUGGAGUUUGAGCCCACUAUGCCGACCAAGUUCAUGGUUGGAACCGAGCAGGGAAUGGUAAUUUCCUGUAACCGAAAGGCCAAGACACCAGCUGAAAAGAUUGUAUGUACAUACAGUGGGCAUCACGGCCCUAUAUACUCCGUGCAGAGGAACCCCUUUUUCCCCAAAAACUUCCUGACAGUUGGGGACUGGACAGCUAGAAUCUGGUCAGAAGACUCCCGAGAAUCAUCCAUCAUGUGGACAAAAUAUCACAUGAGUUACUUAACAGAUGCUUCGUGGAGCCCAACGCGACCAACAGUCUUCCUUACCACCAAAAUGGACGGUACCCUCGACGUAUGGGAUUACCUGUUUAAGCAGAACAACCCAUCUCUGAGUCUGAAGGUAUGUGAUGAGCCUCUCUACAGCCUCCGCCUUCAAGAUAACGGACGAUUUGUGGCCUGUGGCUCUAAAAUGGGGCUCACAACACUGCUGGAGCUGUCGCCGGGGCUUUACACAAUGCAGAGGAAUGAGAAAAAUCUUGCCACGGCUAUGUUCGAACGGGAAACAAAACGAGAGAAGAUCCUGGAGGCACGGCACCGCGAGAUGCGGCUGAAGGAACGUAGCAAGGCUGAGCCAGGCAAGGAAGACGAAGCCAAAGAAGACAACCUGGAGGAGAACACAGAGGAGCUGAUCGCCAAAGCAGAGAAAGAGUUCUUUGAAAUAAUAGAGGCAGAACACAAACGUCAAGAGAAGGAGGACAACAAGCAGCAAGAAGAAGGACAAGAGGAAAAAGAAGUUUCAGAAGAAAAGGAUGUAAUUACACAAAAGGAUUAAACAGCCUGAUUUGCGGUGUCAGAGGAGAACAGGAUAAAUGUUACGCUAUAAUUUAUUUUGUUUACCUUGCUGUAUCUUUCUUUUUUUCCCAGUUGUUUUGUAAAUAAUAAUAAUAAAAUAAAUACUUUAUUGCAAAACAACAA